UAUUGCAUUCAAUGGUCCACGGAGGAGUAGUCUGCAAAGGGCCUUCUGACGUGCCAGAGAUAUUGAAGCAGGAUGAAGCGACACUCCUUGAAGGGCUGAGCUCACGCACUGCCAAGCUGCUGGCCAGUAAACCUUUCAGUCGCUUCCGAAGCUUCGAGUCCCUGGGGGACUAUCUGACCUUUGCCCAGGAUUGCAACCCUGCGAUGGCUGAUGCAUACAAGAACCAGUUUGAUAAAUUUUUCAUGGAUGCAGACUUUGGUCGCCAGCUCUUGGUGGGAGCUGACCCAACGAUCAUUGAGAGGAUCACCGAAUGUCUCCCGGACAACUUCCCUGUCACUGAUGAGUUGGUGGCCAAGUCACUUCUAAGGGGAUUGUCCAUAGAGGAAGAAAUACUGAGAGGAAACCUAUACCUUGUGAACUACCCUAACUUCACUGGCAUUCCUCGAUACUGCAAGAAAGGUACCAAGCGCUACCUGGCCUCGCCCAUGGCACUCCUCUAUCUUAAUGAAGAAGAUGACUUAGUGCCCAUCGCAAUCAAACUCAGCCAAGAAAAAUGCGACAGCAUACCGAUAUUCACACCACAGGACAGCACAGAGGACUGGCUAUUCGCGAAGAUGUGGGUGAAGAAUGCUGCAACACAGCACCAGCAGAUCUACACCAUGCUCACCAAGACGGUCUUUACGCUAGAGGCAAUCGCUGUUGCCGUGGAACGCAACUUGUACGCCCUUCACCCGCUGUACAAAUUACUCAAGCCAAGUCUGAAAGAUGCCGUCUCGAUCAGCGUUACUGAACGUGACAACCUGUUUGGUGAAGACGGUUUGGCAGAUCGUACGAUGUCUCUUGGAUCAGCAGGUGCCGCAGCGUACAUGAAGAAGUGCUUCAAGACCUUCAAUAUGUGGAGCCUGGUUCCAGGUUUCGACCUCAGGGAAAGAAAGAUGUUGGAGAAAUUCCCGAACUACCACUGGCGUCAUGACUCAUUGGCGACCUUCGGGCUCAUCCACAAAUGGGUAACCUCGUUCUUGGGGCGGUUCUAUGCGACGGACGGAGCAGUCCGAGCUGACGUAGAGCUCCAGAACAUGGUGAAAGACUUGCAUGUGAAUGGGCUGCCAGUGUGGAACAGGGGUGAAGGGCAUGGGGUCCCUGCCACGUUCAACGUAUUUGGACAACUUGCACAGUUUGCAACAAUGGUCAUCUACAACUGUUCUUUUGGCUAUGCUGCCUUGAACUACCCGAGAGCCGAAUUUGACGUGUUCAUUCCGAACAGUCCUUCCGCGAUGAUGGUUCAUCCACCCAUCGCCAAGGGGAGAGUGACGAUGGAGACUAUCAUCAAGGCUCUUCCGAAAAACAGUGUGGCAGUUGAUAGGGUGUCAUAUGUGUUGUCCCACACGCAGAAGAACAUCAAACAGCCCAGAAUGAAGGAUUAUGAGAACCCAUUCUUCACUGGAAAAAGCAACAAGGACGCGAUCGAAAACUUCCAGCGCCGUAUGUUAGACCUCGAGGACUUCCUCGAUAAACAGAACGAGAAUAGAAACUCGUAUAGCUGCUUGAUCCCAGGCAAAGUGCCAGUUAACAUUACCAUGUAAGCAGGAAUGGUGCCUUAAGGAAUACGGACAUCAGCAGUCGAGCAAGGAUCCCAAAGAUAGCUAGCUCGUUAAGGCGACAACACGCCGAUCGGAGAUCCUUGUCUGACUGGCCUUGAGCGAAUUCAUUUAAGCAUCAUACUCGCCAAUUGCCGUUUGUACGAUGCAGGGGGAAUCAAAGAACACGUCGAUGACACACAUUUACGCUCAUGAAGUUCAUCGUUCGCAGCUCUUCCUAAAGGGUGCGAGACAACAUACCACUUCGGAGGUGGGCGCCAACACACAACAGAUUAUUAGUUUUGAUUCACUUUGAUUUAGCGUGGAUUUGGUGAUGGGGAAAUAUGAAUAUGGUUGUUAUGGCAAAACUCGUAACGCUUUUUAUAAUGCGUUUUCUAAUGCGAAUAAGGAGUAUUGGAGUAUAUGUUGAAACUUA